GGAUAUCGUAACAUAUAUUGACAGACUCGUUCUACGAUGAGGGACAUAACAUAACGUAUCUCCCAUCAAGUAGUGUGUCUUAGAUCACUUUGCUCGAUUAAUUUUCACGGAAAUCAAUUUAAUUGGGUGAGAAAAGGUAUUCGAGGGGCAUCGCGCAGCGUAGACACAUCUCUGUCCGCGGUGGGAAACCCAGACAGACCGUACUGAUUGGCCAGCACAUAUAUAUCUGCUUGGGGAAGAACCGAUUACUUCAAGGUUAUGCAAGUUGACGCAUUUAAACAUGUAAAGACAGUUGAUUAAAUGUGCGUUUGAGAUCGCCAGAAAUGCCAGAUGCGUACGAGAACUUUAACAUGGCGAUGCGAAGCAUGCUGACAGCCAGCGAUAUCGCGGAUAACGAGGAUCCGUACCUCCCGUCUAACGAUGUAUUUAAUAUGAAUACCCUAAGCCCAUUUAGCGGAUCUCAAGGAAAUAUGAGCGCUUCAUCUCCAUCAACAUCUCUGUCACCAGAAUACUUUUCUCCAGAUGAUUAUUUUACUAAUUUAAACAGUACCCCAGUACUUGGCGAACCGUACAUUAAGAUUUUGGUACAGCCAAUAGAAAAGUUCAGAUUCCGAUAUAAAUCCGAGAUGGUAGGAACACAUGGAAGCCUGACGGGUGUUUCGUCUCUGACAGGUAGACGAAACAAGUGUGUGCCUACAGUGCAGUUAUGUAAUUUUGCGGAUAACGCAAUAAUACGAUGUACAUUAGCUACGUCUGAUGAUUACAACAGAAUGAUACAUGCUCACAGAUUAGUGAGACGAGAAAAUAACGAAGAUGUUGACGAUCCACACGAAGUAAAAGUUUCGCGACACGAUAACCAUAGAGCCGAAUUCACAAACAUGGGCAUAAUACACACUGCGAGAAAACACAUUAAAGACGAAAUAGUUCGGAAGUUGUGUGCGGAGCAGUUGGAAGAACGUAGACGGCUUAACAAAAACGCUUCUCUCAACUUGUGUGAUGAAGCAAAAAUUAAAAUCAAUGCGGAACAUUAUCAGAGGAUCAUGAACUUAAAUAGCGUAGCUCUCCGUUUUCAAGCAUUCAUAAAAGAUGAAUUUGACAUCAUGAGACCGAUCACACAACCAGUUUACAGCCACCCAAUCAAUAAUCUGAAAAGCGCGUUGACUGGGGAAUUAAAAAUAUGUAGAAUUGAUAAAUACACCAGCAGCUGCGAAGGUGGGGAAGAAGUGUUCAUAUUUGUAGAAAAAGUCGCUAAAAAAAAUAUAAAAAUCAGAUUUUUUGAAGUGGAUGAGGAAAGUGGAGUUGAAGUUUGGUCUGAUUAUGCUCGUUUCUCAGAACUUGAUGUUCAUCAUCAGUACGCUAUGGUUUUCCGAACUCCACCCUAUAAAGAUCUAACGAUCACGUCUCCGAAAGACGUCUUUAUUCAACUGGAACGUCCUUCGGAUUCACAGUGUUCGAACGCAAUCAAGUUUGUAUACAAACCUAGUGACCGCAUGAUGGGUAGGAAGAGAACGAGAGUUUCUGACUCAAAUAGUGAGGAAUUGGCACGGAUGGCAAUUAGUAAUCAGAAUGCACCGUCGAUGACUACUACUUCAGAAGCGGUAUUACCGAAUACAAACGCACCGCUACCUAGUACGUCUUCAAAUAACAGCGAACAAAAUAGUAAUUUAUCUCAAGAUUUGCUCGAGUUGUUAGAAGAAAAAUGUCCUUCUACUGAGUUUCGGGCGUUUAUGAACAAUAUGAAUUCAGACGAGUUCUUACCACUCUAUACAGACUGCUUACAACAAAGCGGAACUCUAAUUUGUGACGGAGCACACAGUAAAACACCAAAUGUUAUUUAUGAGGACGACGAUAAACUAUUUGCUAAUAAGAUUCUGUGCAAUGCAAUAAGAGAUAUUCAGAAAAAAUCAGGAAAAACAAAAGAUAUUAUAGUCAACUUAUUCAAAGACCGAACAACUUACGGAGAUACGCCUCUACACUGUGCCCUAAGAUAUGGACAAAAAGAAACCGCAAAGAAUAUCCUGAAGCUCAUGAGCGUUUUGAAGUCAGACGCUGCCGAAUUGAUAAACAUACAAAACAGUUCUGGAAAGACUCCGUUGCAUUAUGCCGUUACGCAAAUCCAUCCGGAAAUUACGAAAGCGUUACUGAUGCUUGGCGCUGAUCCGAAUGUAGCAGAUCAUUGUGGACAAAUGCCGCUACACAAAGCUGUAAAGUGUUCAGAAGCAAGAGCAAACAUCGAUAUUUUGUUAAAUGAAAGAACAGUUAACAUUGAAGCGAACACGGAUUUAGGGUGGACACCGUUGCAGUUAGCCGCUCAAGCGGGCUCGUUUCACGCAGUGCAGGCUCUCGUUAAAGCGGGCGCAGAUGUCAACAGUACCGAUAUGUCUUACGGAAGAACUGCUUUGCACGUGGCGGUCGAAGGUGGCCACAACGACAUAGUGAAAUUCCUAUUGGAAAACACCAAGAUAGACGUGAACAAGCGAAACUUCAGCGGCAACACAGCGUUGCACACUGCCGUGGUUACGCCAGGAUCGAAAGCUAAACAAAUCUGUGCUCUUCUACUGAAACACGGUGCCGAUCCACAUAUAAAGAAUUAUCAUCACGAACCGGAAGCACCAAACGUCGAAGAAGACGAAGAGAAUAUAGUAACAAAAAUAAAAAUUGAAGAAGAGGAUUUGGAUUAUAAAAAUGUAGAAGAACAUAGCGGACAAUCGUCGUUCGACUUGGCAUCCAACAAACCAGAUAUCUUGCAGCUCGUUUCUGAAAGUGAUGCAUUCUUAAAAGAAGAAGUGCAAUGUAAAGAAGAAGAUAUAAAUGAUACAGAAAAAGUUUGGAUGGAUGUGCAACAAGAAGUGCAGUUAGCAAACAUAUUGGACAAGACAGAAGGAUGGAAAAAAUUGGUCCAGCAUUUCAACUUUGAUGAUUUUAUAAGAAAAACUAUUGAACAGAGCUCGAUCAGUCCGUCGAUGCUUCUUUUGAAUUAUAUUGGUAUACAAACCAAUACUUCUCUCAGCGAGCUUCGCAACAUAUUAGAAAUUGUUGGCGAAAGAGAAGCUGCUGCAUUCAUGGCUUUUAAAAAAAUGUUAAGUUAUGUAUAAACCGUAUUGUAUGAUGGCAUCAUUACGUCGUCGUAUUGCAUAUUAUUAUUGUUGAUAAGAAAACGUUUAUAUCGGAGAGAUUAACUAAAUUUUUUACUAGGAUUCUUAUCACAUUU